UCUGGCAACCCUGCUUAUUCCCGUCUUCAGGCGAUAUUAGAUAAAUGUUUUUGAUUUAUUUGAAUAUAAACAUUAUUUAUUUUCUAUCAUAAUCACCAAUACAAGAUUUGCUUUUAUUUUUAAAAAUGAAUAAACAAUUACUGCAGACUUUUAAUCCAUUACUCUCAUAUUGUCGUUUUAAAGGUUACAAAGCCCCUGGUGGGAUCCGAUAUCCUGGUGGUAUAGUUUAUUAUCCCAGGAAUCCAGAAACUUACAAGGAUCCUGAAAUUACUCCAUCAAAGUUAUUCAGAGUUGAAAGAAUUAAGUCUGCAAAAAAUUUUCCGCACUGGGACAAGAAGAUCCUGGAAGAACUGAAGAUUCUUGAAGGGACCGGUGUAGCAAUUGUAAAGAAUAUUCCUGAAAAUAAUAUGAGGCUAUGGAAAGUGAAACACCUAAUCAAAGUAACACCUAUUACAUUUCCUUAUGGAGAACCAACUGAAGCAGACAUUAAUUAUACAGUAUUAAAGGAAAAUGGACAAUGUGUUGUUACCAAGAAACUUGAACCACAAAACAGUCAAAUAGAAGCAUUAGAUAAAUUUGAUAAUGAUAUUAGGAAAAUGGACUCCACUACCAUUAAGAGGGACUCCAGGCAAAAAUGGGUAGAUGGAUAUACUGGAGGAUUUUAAUUUAUGUAAAACAAUAAUAGUUGAUAGAAUAAAUUAUGUUUAUUAUUCA